AUGCAACGCACGCUCAGUAAGCUCGCGACGCGCCACUACUCGACGCAGUGGCGGUCCUUUAGCGCGCUCCACCCGUCGCUCAAGCAGAACGACUUGACGUCCAUUACGCUCCACGUGACCAACCACCCAGGGUCCUUGCGCCCGGUCCUCGACAUGUUUGCAAAGCACCGCGUGAACCUCACGCACAUUACGUCGCAGCCCACCAAGUCGAUCGAGCCCAACAACGACUAUGCGAUCUCGAUCGACUUUCAGGGCAAGCCCGGCACGGUCGGCAUUGACAACCUCCUGCGCGAGCUCGAGGCGCACUGCGCGUCGGUGACCCUCGCGACCGACAAGACGGUGCCGUGGUUUCCGCUGCACAUUAGUGACCUCGACAUUGCGGCCCGCCAUACACUCCAGGCCGGCACCGACAUUGACGCCGACCACCCUGGGUUUAGCGACCAAGUGUACCGUGCCCGUCGCAACGAGCUCAGCGAGAUCGCGGCCAACUACCGCCAGGGGCAGCCACUGCCGCACAUUCACUACUCGGAGCUCGAGACGCAAACGUGGGGUGCAGUCUACAACCGCAUCAAGGACACGUGGGCGCAGUUUGCGUGCGACGAGUUCAACAACGCGCUCCCGAUGCUCGAGCGCGAGUGCGGCUACAGCCCGACCAACAUUCCGCAGGCCCAAGACAUUUCCAACUUUUUGAAAGCGCGCACCGGGUUCGUGAUCCAUCCGGUCACGGGGUACCUCUCGCCGCGCGACUUUUUGAAUGGCCUUGCGUUCCGCGUCUUCUUUUGCACGCAGUACAUUCGACACCACUCACAGCCGCUGUAUACGCCGGAGCCGGACAUCUGCCACGAGCUCAUGGGCCACGUGCCCAUGUUUGCGGACCAGGAUUUCGCCGACUUUUCCCACGAGAUUGGCCUCGCCUCGCUCGGCGUCUCGGACGACGAGAUCGAGCGCCUCGCGGCGUGCUACAUUUUUUCGGUCGAGUUUGGCAUCUACCUCCAGAACGGCCAGAAAAAGGCGUUUGGUGCAGGCAUGCUUUCGAGCUUUGGCGAACUCGAAUACGCGUGCUCGCCGAUGCCUGAGUACCGGCCGUGGGAUCCGUUCCACGCGUGCAAGCAAAAGUACCCCGUAACGACGUACCAGCCCGUGUACUAUGUGGCCGAGAGCUUGCCAAGCCAAGGCAAGAUGCGCGAGUUCACGCGCGAGAUGAAGAAGCCGUUCCAUGCGACGUACAACCCCGCGACGCAGACGAUUGCGGUGGACCGCGCGAUCACCAUUAAGGAGCGUGGCGCCAAGUAG